CUGAACUUGAUCAAUUGAACAACACCGCCUUUGGAAAUUUGUUUCUCUCUUCAAUGCGAUAAUUCUCUCUUCCUCUUCGAAUUUUGUGAGUUUCUUCGAGAGUUGAGGAAGAGAGACUCGAGAAUAUGGCCAACGAUACUCACACCGAUGACUUAGACGAGCUUCUCGAUAGUAAUAAUUUCCUAACGAAUUUUAAUUUGAUUUGAUAACAUGUUCACCAAUUCUAGGUGAUUGGUGAAAAACGUUUUUGUUCUUGUGGGUUCGUUUUCUAUAAUUUAGAAUUCUGGGUCUUUCUCAGGUGCCUUGGAUGAUUUCAAGGAUCUUAAUCUUACUCAAAGAAAUGGAGGGGUUAAGAAAGAAGAGGGUGAUAAAAAAGAGACAGAGUCAUUGCCAAGUGGGGUUCAAGGUCUUGGAAUGGGGUUACCAGAUAUGAGGAGUAAGAAGAAAGGAAAGAAAAAGAUUGCUAAAGAGGACCAUGUUACUGAGGCACUUGAUAAACUCAGGGAACAAACUAGAGAAACUGUGAAGGGACUUGAGUCCUUGUCAUCGAAGCAGCAACCUACAGGUUCUGAUGAUGCUAUGGUUGAAGAUUGGAUCAAGCAAUUCGAGAAUCUUACUGGGUCUAACGACUUGGAGUCGAUAGUGGACACGAUGAUGCAACAGCUGUUAUCGAAGGAUAUUCUUCACGAACCAAUGAAAGAGAUUGGUGCAAGAUACCCAAAAUGGCUAGAAGAGCAUGAAUCCAGUCUAAACAAGGAAGAAUUCGAUCGUUAUUCACGCCAGUAUGAACUUAUCAAAGAACUCAACUUGGUGUACGAGAACGAACCAAACAAUUCGACCAAGAUAAUGGAGAUAAUGCAGAAGAUGCAAGAGUGUGGACAACCACCGAGUGAUAUAGUGCAAGAGAUGGAUCCUGGCUUUGAUUUCGCUAGUCUGGGCCAAAUGUCUCCGGACAUGCUCGAGUCUUCACCAAAUUGUUGUGUAAUGUGAGGGAAGAAACAGGUUUUAGAAAACUGUUUGGCCUUGUCCAGCCAUUGAAGAAUGGAGAACAUGUUUUUGUUUCUCUUGUGCAUUGUACAAUGCAAAGCUUGUUUAAGUUCUUUUUUUUUUCUUACCUGAAUACCAAAGUUAUUGGGUUUCGGUUCUUGUUCCUUUUGGUUAGUUCUGUUUUGGAAUAAUUUUGAAUCUCUACACACAAAUUCAUAAAUUCACUGAAACAUAAACGUGCUCUUCAUCCAAUUCAUUUCGGCUGUUCAAUAAAUGAAGUGUCC